AUGGGCUCUGAAACUCCCUUCGAUUAUGCCUUGAGCUCCAACGCCGCAUGGGCAGGCUAUAAGAGCCACCAAAAUCCCAAAUUCUUCCCUACCAUGGCCCAAGGCCAAACUCCCAGCAUCCUCUGGCUCGGCUGCUCCGAUUCCCGUGUGCCCGAAACCACCGUUCUCGGUCUCCAACCCGGUGAUGUCUUUGUGCAUCGUAAUAUCGCCAAUAUCGUGUCGCCUACCGAUAUCAAUUCCUCGGCCGUCAUCGAAUAUGCCGUUGCGCAUCUGAAGGUAUCGCAUAUUGUUGUGUGCGGGCACACUUGCUGCGGUGGUGCUGCGGCUGCGUUGGGAGGUGCAAGGGUAGGUGGAGUUUUGGAUACGUGGCUUGCGCCGCUCAAGGCAUUGAGUAAAAUGCACGAGAAGGAAUUAAAGGGAAUUAAGGAAGAUUCCGCACGGGCGGUCCGUCUCGCGGAGUUGAAUGUGGCGAAAGGAGUAGAGGUACUUAUGGGGAAUGUGGUUGUGGAAGAGGCGGUCCGCGAAAGAGGAUUGAAGGUUCAUGGUGUUGUGUAUGAUAUUGGCUGUGGAAAGAUUCGGGAUUUGGGAGUAGGAAAUUGCAAUGAGGAGGAGGAAGAAGAAGUUGCCGGAACAGAUGGAGCCGCGGAGUCGAAAGGAGCAAAGGAGUUGGUUCAAGGUGCGCAUGGAAUGCUGGUUUUUGGAAAGGGGGGUGCAACCCUUAGUACCGCGUAA